AUGGAGGAUCUAAUUAGCUUUCGCCAAGCCGUUGAAGUGAUUUUCCAUGGAAGGAAACCCGAUCGCACUGCUGCACUCACUGACGAAAAUCCUUCGCGAAUUGAAACCAGUCUCUUGCACUCUUCCGAUGCCGUUUCAGGGGUCGAGUCGAGUGACUUGAUCGACUUGAUAGAUCCUCAUGGUGGCGACUUUCUGGUCGCUCCGAAAAGACCAACCCUAGAAAAGCUGCUACAGCGAUCGCGUCAACAGAUCCUUCUCCCUCCACUGCCCAUCGUCGAGCAGUGGGUGGACGAAAAGAAGCACAACGCUCAGAUUGGACAACCUGAUGUUCUGGGCCCUCGUGGCAAGGCCUACCUGUUCCUAUCUCACGACAAGGACAUGGAGAAGGGAGUGAUCAACGCCGUGUAUCUUGAAAUGGAGGAAUUCGCCAGUGGUCGUAAAGACAUCUUCUUUGAGGUCCAAGGCCCGGUGGAGCGUCCGUACCUGUAUAUGGAAGCACCGUCUCAAGAUCUUGUGGCUGAAUGUCUCGAUGAGGCCCGCACCUGUGCUGAUGAUAUCGUCCAUGACAAGUCAGUCAAAUUCGAUCUCGUUUUCCUAGAGACCCCUGCUUCUUCACAGAACUUGGUCCAGGUACAGGUUGUACAGGGGCACCCUCAACUCGUUGACUGUUUGGGCGCUGCCCUAGGUCAGAAUCCAUUGUUCAACAAGUAUAUUUCCCAACAAUUGGCAGCCGCCCUCAAGAAAGCAGGUCGAAUCAAGGAUAUGGUCAAUUUACGGGUUCGUUUCGGACACUACCUACUUACCUCUAAGCCCCAAGGGUUGGUGGAUCGACCCUCUGUUGGAUUGGAUCAGUUUUCCGAGAUCAUCCGCCACGGUCGGACUAAGGGGGAGUUUCAAACGCAGAUUGGAAACCUCGAAGAUGCUAUUCAAGUGUUACGAAUCAUCAAGAACAGUGGCGACAUGUUUCUCUCCCAUGACAUAGCCGAGAUGGCUGCCGACGUGCGCCCUGAAUUCUAUCUGGAUGGCGUGUCGAGAAAGUGGCGUAUCGAAACCCGAUUGCGACACAAGGGCGAGACUUUGCGCGGGCAGUCCUCCCAGAGCCGGGCCAGCGCCUUCGACGUCCUGACUAUUCGAGCAAUUGAGCUUUCUGAGAAAGCCAGAGACAGCCAUCUCGACUUCAAGGUCCUGAGUCUCAGACAGGGUCUCGACUGGAAGGUUGAGACUGUCACUGGCGAAACCAUCAAGAAUCAUGGCUAUGACAGCCUCAAGUCAGAGAUCAGAUCUGCUCGCAUUCGAUUCUCCGGGUCGUCGAACAUGCACGACGAGGACUAUCCUCGAAUUCACUUUAUGGAAAAUGCCAUCAAGGCCCGAUCUCUCGAACAGGUUACCAUCCGGAGCGUAUUUCGGUUCAGAUACAGCCCAGCCCCGUAUCAGAUCGAAUUCACGAUACAUCGCACAUGGCCCAAUGUAGAUGCCAUGGGCAGGGACCAAGAAACUCCACUAACGUCUUUCGGAAUCACGGUCUAUGGUGAGCACUGGGGAGAAACAAGGGCAUCCGAAAUUGCUAGAACGGGACAAGGGUGGGGUCCCGAGCUUGAGAAUCUUCUUUGCAUUUCUCAGAGCAGCCCCGGUAACGAAAACGGUGCUGAGGUCGGUGCUGAGAGCUCCGAGGUUCGCGUCAAUGGCGAAGGGAGAGCCCAGAGCCUCCUUAACGUCAUCCAUGACAUCCGACGUGCACUGACUGCCUGACCCGUAACAGAUGUUCAUGCUCGGGCUCGGGCUAAGGCUAGUGACUGUUGAACUAUUUACAUGAGGGCGUCCUCGACCAAACACAACAAAGGUCGGGGAACGAAGUAAGGCGAACUUUUGGGGGUAUUUGCCUUGUUGUAUCCAUCGAGGUACACG